GGUAUGGUCGCUCGCGCAAUCCGCGCGGCCUGCAGAGAAGCGUCUGGCGGUCGAGUUGUGGGAGUGCCGCGGGGGAGGCGCUGGGCCACAGGGGCCCGGAAGCCUGGCGGGCGGCCGUGGGAGGGCGCGCGUCCUGGAGGAGGUGCGAGCACGGGCCGCACGUGUGUCCGCUCGCCGCGACCGCCGCUGCGUUCCCCGGUCCUGGCCGCGGUCACCUGAGACCAGGCGGCCCCUAGCGCUAAGCCGGCCGCGGCUCCGAGAGGCCCUCCUCUCGCCUGCCUGAGCUCCGGCCUUGGCCGGCCUGGGAGCUUCGCAGUUGGCCACACCGGCCUUUUCCGCGCCGGUGACUGGCCUUAUUCGAAGGAGGAUUUCGGUGGACGUUAGGGGACCGAGAGGGGCUCCUGUGAGAGACCGAAGUUUCCGUCCCCACAGCCCUGUCCUCGCUGAAAAGAGAUUGCGUCAGAGCCCCCGCACCCCAGAAACGAGUCAGGCCUUCAGGCGUCUCGGGCAGCCGAAAUCUCUGCCGAGAGGCGACACAUCCGACCGGAGAGCUCCUACUGCUCUAACCUAGAACGUUAGGGCAAAAAUCGUAAAGCCUCGGGAAACGGGCACAUCUUAGAGCUGCUAGGGCCAGUGGGAUUUUCUUACCCUCAUGGGUUUGCGGGGGAGGCUUGGCCUGUUUGGUCCAAAGCCUAGUGGAGAGAGGCGAGGGAGGUGCAGCUUGGAGAGACAGGAAAGGCACCCCAGGAGAGGGUGUGUGAAGGUAGCAGGAGCUGAUUAACUUUUUUCCUACAGUCUUGCUGGACUGCUUAGUCUAUGUCCUGCAAGGUGGACUUGAUUUUCAUGGUUUUUUCGCUUUCCCUAACUCUACUUUUUCAGGAAUCUAUCCUUCUUGAGAGGAGGAAAUGACCAAGUUCCAGGAAUGGUCAACUACUUAGUUUAGAAGAAGAAAGGACAUAUGAUUUAUAUGACUAGGGAAAAAAUUGAGAUCAGAAGUGUACUUUGGCUGAGAGGAAAAAAGAGGAAGGAUCAAAGGAUGGUGAUCUUGAUAAAGCAGAUGUCAUGGAGGAGGAAGAGGAGAAAAAAUAGGAAGAUGUUUUUAAGGUGUGAAUUUUGAGAUAUUAAUAUUUCAAAGGAACAGUGGUCCAAAUAGUGAAAUGGCCCUAAUUAUGAUUGUUGAGGCAGAGGUCAUUGGCAUUAAAGAGAUUAAGAAGGACUUCCCUGGUGGUGGCGUGGUUAAGAAUCCGCCUGCCAGUGCAGGGGACAUGGGUUCGAGCCCUGGUCCAGGAAGAUCCCACAUGCCGCGGAGAAACUAAGCCCGUGCUCCACAAGUACUGAGCCUGCGCUCUAGAGCCUGCGAGCCACAACUACUGAAGCCCACGUGCCUAGAGCUCAUGCUCUGCAACAAGAGAAGCCACUGCAAUGAGAAGCCCGCACACUGCAACGAAGAGUAGCCCCCGCUCGCUGCAACUAGAGAAAGCCUGCCUGCAGCAACGAAGACCCAACGCAGCCAAAAAAAGAGAGAGAGAGAGAUUAAGAAAUGUGAGGAACCAGUAACCUUCAAGGAUGUCUCUGUGGAUUUCACCGAGGAGGAGUGGGGUUGCUGGACCCUGCUCAGAGGAAGCUGCACGUAGCUGUGAUGCUGGAAAACGACAGUCACUUGGUCUCAGUGGUCUUAUGUUCACAGUAUGAUACUGGAGUGUACAUCCUCAGCUGAUGCUCAACCCUUUUUGGUGCCCGUGUGUUCUACUUACAGGGGACACCUCUGCUGACUGGGCUUGGAAUGGAUCUAAUAAGAAUCCAGAUGGAGACUUGAAUGAAAAUUCUGUGGAGAAUCAACAGAAAGGAGUUAGGUUAUCUCUUACCUGAAUAGCUUUCCUCCUGGCAAAUUUUGGAAGAGAUGGCCAGUACAAAAACUGGGAGUCAGGAUUAAAUUGUGAAUCUUCAGUGUACAGGAAUCCUGAACUAGAUCGUCCCCCUUGUCAAAAGUGGGGAGAAGCAUCUUCUCAUAUUUCCAAAAACAAAAGCAGUUUGGUGACUCUUCAGAGUGAUGAUUUAAAAAAACAUGGAAAGUGAAGAAUAUUUGUCUUUGAAAGUCCCAAGCCAAAUGGCCACACAGGACUCCUCAGUGACAUUCUGUAAGAAUGAGCCCCAAGUUCCUCAGGAAAGCAAAAGUCUGUUUGUAACUGAAGAAAGCACUGAGAGGAAAAUCUCAGAGGGCAAAAGUCCUCCCAUCGACCAUUGUUCAGAGAACCUUCAAAAUAAAAUUGUGUCUGAUGUAAAAGAAGUGGUCUCGCCCUCAUUCACAGGUGAGACAAUAUGCCAGAUUGGCCAGUCGAAAGAAUCCUUGGAUCCCUUUGACUGUAAACACAAGGACAUUUGUGGUUGGAAAUCAUGGGUGAUCGGUCGUAGUCAUCAGAGAGCUCAUACAGAGGAGAAGCCCUGUACCCAUUAUGACUGUGGGAAAAUACGUACCACCAGCCCAGGUGGUCACCCAGGUGAGAAAAUCCACACUGCUGAGAAACUAUACAGAUGUAGUCAGUGCGGUAGGGACUUCAGUGAGCGCUCAGAGCUAGUCCUUCAUCAGAGGAACCACACAGAAGAAAAGCCCUACAGAUGUGAUCAGUGCGGGAAGGGCUUCACAAGAAGCUCAAGUCUCCUCAUCCACCGCGAAGUCCAUGCAGAUGAGAAGCCUUAUAAGUGCGACAAGUGUGGGAAGGGCUUCACGAGGAGUUCAAGUCUGCUCAUUCAUCACUCAGUCCACACAGGCGAGAAGCCUUACAAAUGUGACAAGUGCGGGAAGGGCUUUACUCAGAGCUCCAAACUGCACAUCCAUCAGCGAGUGCACACUGGAGAGAAGCCCUAUGAGUGCGGGGAGUGUGGUAUGAGCUUCAGUCAGCGCUCCAACCUGCACAUCCACCAGCGCAUCCAUACAGGGGAGAGGCCCUACAAGUGUGGAGAGUGUGGGAAGGGCUUCAGUCAGAGUUCAAACCUUCACAUCCACCGGUGCUCACACACGGGGGAGAAGCCUUACCAGUGCUAUGAGUGCGGGAAGGGCUUCAGCCAGAGCUCAGACCUCCGCAUCCACCUCAGAGUCCACACUGGGGAGAAGCCCUAUCACUGCGGCAAGUGCGGGAAGGGAUUCAGCCAGAGUUCCAAACUCCUUAUCCACCAGAGAGUCCACACUGGAGAGAAGCCCUACGAGUGCAGCAAGUGUGGGAAGGGCUUCAGCCAGAGCUCCAACCUCCACAUCCACCAGCGGGUCCACAGGAAAGAUCCCCAUUAAAUGAGGUCUUCAAUCGCAUGCUUGUACUCUAAAGACUUAAAUAUUUUUAACAUCACUCUUACUUUUAUAUUCUCAGGAUAUAGUAAGAGUUAUUCAGAUAAGUUCCCUCACUGGAAAAUAAUUCAUUUAAAGUAUUUAACUACCAAGCACUUUGUUAUGCUACACAGUGAAUUGAUUGCCCUUGUUCCUCAGAUGGGUAGAGUGAAAACGUCUGUACUUUGCUCUUCAGCCAGUGUUCCUAGAACUACAUAUCCUUCCCAGCAUUUUUAAGUGCAAGAACCUCAUAUUUGUCCAAGCAGAACAUGUUUCCUUUGUUCACAUUCUCUGAGAAAUUGGAACUUUGGCUUCUCUUCAAAUCACGUGCCUUGUGUUUUCCUAUUUCCUUCCAGCCCUGAGUAGCCCUCUCUAAAUUCUGGUUAUACAAUAUGUUAGUUUUAGGUUGAGGGGGUGGUUGGAGAUAUAAUGGGCAUGGAAAUCUGUCAUUGCGCACACGUACUACAGCCUGUGGCCUCACAAGAACGUGGAGAAGAGCUACUCGUGCAGUACACCCAACACACUACAGGAUGUGAGACCCCUCCCCUUCCUCCCCACAAGGCAACUGCUCAAGAACGUAAGUAGUUCUUUUUCCUGGGUGCAGCUAGUCUGUUGGGGUGCUUCCAGGUCUUGCCACCUCAGAUGACACCCUCACCAAAUUAAAGCCAAGUAGGGUACCUACACCAUGUUGAAACAUGUUAAAUGAAGUUGAAAUAUAUUUAAAUGUAUUUAAUUUGUCUCUGAACACUGAACCUCUCUUAUUUCCUUAAAUUUCUUCACCACCCAUGUUCUGAACCAAACAAAGGAGUCAGGAGAGAGAGUUCUGAUAUUUUUCUCUUCAGACUUAACUCGUUUUAAUAUUUGAUAUACCCCCCAAAAAGUCAUUUGUUUUGGCAGCAUUGUUACUGCACCAGACUUGGGUCUGCUUGUCCAUGCACAAUAAAGCCAAUCUACUGACACUGGGUUGUGAAGGAAGUGCACCAUUUAUUGCAGGGCACCAAACAAGGGGUCCAAGCAGCUAGUGCUCAAAAGGCCUAAACUCCCUGAUGGCUUUCAGGGAAAGAUUUUAAAAGACAGGGUGAGGAAGGGGGGACUGUGGGGUGCAUGAUCAGCUCGUGGACAUUCUUCUGAUGGAUUGGUGGUUAGUUAAUCGAGAGUCAACAUCGUCAACCUUCUGUUUCCAUCCUGUCUGGGGUCUAAUUGCUUGUGGGCAGCAUACAGUUAACUUCUUCCACCUGGUGGCAGAUUCAGUAUCUGCAAAACAGCUCAAAGGACAUUGCUCAGAAUAUUAUUUAUAGCCCUUCAGGAGGAACUAUAGGUCCUUGACUUUAUUUAAUGGCUCAACUAUUGUUAUUUUGUCUUGCUUGACUGUUUUCCUUUCUGCAUUUUCUCACUUCUCUGAUUAAAUUUACU